GGAAACUAGCUGACCUGCCAGAGAAAUGUGUACCUUCGACAAGGACAAAGGACCAAGACGGUUGAUGAGGAAGGGGCUGACGCUCAUCUUUAUUGGCCAUAUUAAUUUCAUUUUGGGAGCUAUUGUCCAUGGCAAUGUCCUUCGCCAUAUCUCCAAACCAAGCAAACACAUUACCACAGAGUACACUGCAGCCAACAUAAUCUCUGUCACCUCUGGACUGCUGAGUAUAACGACUGGGAUCAUUGCCAUAUUGGUGUCAAGGAAUCUUACAUUGAUUAAAAUGCAAAUAGGCCUUCUAAUAAGCUCAUUCCUGAACACCCUGCUGUCAGCAGCAUGCAGUGUCGGGCUACUGUUGGCUAUCAGUCUCACCAUUGCCCAUGAUGGAAGGGGCUUGAUGGAGGGAUGCAAUAACACAGAGGUGCCAAUCAACGCUCGGUCACCAGUCAAUCCCUUUUGCCCCUUCGACACAACCAGGAUCUAUGACACGGCCCUGGCGCUGUGGAUCCCCAGUGCUGUGUUGGCAGCAGUGGAGGCAGGUCUGUCUGUCUGGUGCUUCUUAGUUGGAUUGACUCUCAGAGGGAUGGCACCCUGUGGCAACAGCUACAUCAAAGAACAGUUUGAGGAAGAGGCUCUGACCAAUAGGAACACAGCAGUCACUGAGUUCCCCUCACAGGGGCAAAGCCUGAUUGGACAACGCUCCAACCCUGACAUCUGACUGGAGAAGGCACGGUACCCCACAUUGACUACCAUAGCCACCUCCUAAUGUAUUUCAUCUGCACCAAUGUCCAGACCACAGUCUAAUUGAUAUUAGUGCAAGGUGAAAUGAGUGAAUGUAUCUGUAGUGCCUGCACCUGGAUAGAAUAAUGGAUUCAGUUUUGAAGAGGGUUUUUUUUCAAUCUCCGAUUAAUCAAAUUAUUCAUGUUUGUUGAUAUUAUUUUUUCACUCCCCCUGGUGAGCAGAUUCAGUACCAACUGGUCCUGUUUGUUUUCAUCUGUUGAACAACCUGUUACAUCAGGUACAUCAGGUGUCCCAAGUCCAAUUAAGCAGAAUUAGUUUAGGGGCAUAUCUAGAGGGUAUAGGUUUGUGAUAGUCAGUAACUAUGGAAAGACGACAAUACAUUUAUUCAAAUGGCAGGUUCCCAAUUUGGUUUUGUGUUCAAGGCUGCAAAAUCCAUCAUGUAUCCAUGAUUUUUUUUUUUGAUAUGAAGACAGUAAAGUUUAUGAAGUAAGUUGGUGCUGAAGUAUACCAAAGAUUUUUGUAUCUUUAUUAUAUGCUUGUCUCAGUUGUUGUUCAUAAUUUUAUCAAGUACUAUGUUUUAUUGUUUUACUAAUUUUCACUAUGUCGACUACCUAGCUGCUGUUCCAACCAUUUAUGUAGUGGUCUCUUAAGUGCAACCCACUGAGACCGAGCCACUAAAGUCCAUCUGUACUAACAUGAAUAAUCAUCUGUUGUAAACCAGUGAUUAAAAACAUGCUUUAUAUUAACUGAAAACACUUGCAUAUAUUGGCAAACUAGCAACGAGGUGCUUGAGAGCUGAGAGUAUUAAGUGGCUUUUUAACUGUUAAUUACCAUGAUUUUAAAAGUUUGGCAGAUUUUAAGCCUUAAAAGAAAGUUUGAAGUCCCACUGUGUAAAAUUACAAUAGCUACAUAUUGCCACGUUUUCCGUUCAAAGCAUGUUUAGAGAUGCUAAUAGAUGAAAUCCACCUAAUAGUGAUCUAUUAGACUCAAUGGGUUUCUUCAUUUUCCCCUCUGCUAGACUUUAUGAUCAGACACAAGAGGUAGUUUGCCUUUUUUGAAGGAUUAUUGGCACACAGGUGGUGACAUAUUUUAGGAAUCAGUGAAACUUAACGCCUAAAAAACAGUGUGAGCAACAGUAGACCAUGUUGUUUGGAAACAAUUGGCAGACAGCUCUCCACAGCCUCAGCCUUCAGAAGAAACUAAAAGGAUAAGAACUAAGGAAGGACAACAGACGAUAAAGAAAGUGAUGAGCACCGGAAUAAAGCUAGAAUAAAUAUUGAUUCCACCUUUAUGCAAUGGAGGCAAUUGAAGGAGCAGCAAGGCAUCUGAACAGAUGCAAAGACGAUGGGAGAUCUUGAUAUAUGGCUAAGUCUGUACUACAUAAAAUAAAUAUAUGGCAGACAUUACCUGACUUGAAGACAUUCUUUGUAUUUAAACGUUUUUCAAAGAAUGUUUUGUUCUUUCCUCUUGAAGAAAAGGUAUUCGACUCAAAGAGGAAAACGUUUCUGUUGUCAUCCACAUGAGCUGAACCAUUCUCAGCACUGAGCUGAUCUUACAGAUUUGUUUGUAUUCUGCUACUGGUUACAACCAGUCAUCGCUAAAGACAACAGCAAGUAAUUUAUUGAUAUAAUGUGGCCAAGCCAUUGUGCAGCUACUUUUGUGGCCACAGAAAUGGCUAAUGAGUAAAACCCUCACAUAGUGGGACUGUAA